CAACAAGUUUAACACUUUUUGUAAUUCUCCCUAUAAAAGACAAAGCGGUUUGCUCGCGGAACGUCCACAGCCAGACACUCGGAUUAAGUGAUAACAAUCAUAGUUCUUCUUGGCACCAAAGAAUGGCUUGUCCAAAGCUCCUCUUGUCUUGUUUGUUGCUUCAAUUGAUGUUCUUUUUUCUUGUCCCUGAGGUUGCUCAAGGUCACGGUCUCAAAGUAGGGUUUUACCAGAAGGCGUGCCCAAACGCAGAGGCCAUCGUGAAGGAAGUCAUCGGCCAAGUCUUGUCCAUCGAUCCGAGUCUCUCCGGCCCGAUUUUGAGGCUGCACUUUCACGAUUGCUUCGUUAGGGGCUGUGAAGGUUCGGUACUACUGGACUCCCCGACCUAUCAAUCCGAGAAGUACGCGAUUCGGAAGCUUGGCCUUCGAGGUUACCAAGAGAUUGAUAGAGUCAAAACAGCGUUGGAGAAAGCAUGUCCUGGCAUUGUUUCGUGUGCUGACAUCUUGGCCCUUGUCACUAGAGAGAUUGUCGUCGCGACCGGAGGACUUUUCUAUGAUGUGGAAACCGGACGAAGAGAUGGGUACGUUUCUAUUUUGGAGGAGGCACGUAGGGAUUUAAUACCACCAUCGACCAACAUUACAACUCUGAAAGCAGAUUUUGCAAAGAGAGGCCUUAGUGCAAAGGACCUUGUUGUCCUAUCAGGUGGGCAUACCAUUGGAAAUUCACACUGCGCUGCCUUCUCCAACCGCCUCUACAACUUCACCGGAAAGGGCGACGCCGACCCCACGCUCGACUCCAACUAUAUAGCAAGACUAAAGCUCAGUUGCAAGCCGAAUGACCAAACCACUCUUGUCGAGAUGGACCCGGGAAGUGCGAGAACGUUCGACAUCAAAUACUUCGAUCUCAUCCUGAAGAGAAGAGGGCUCUUCACUUCGGACGCUGCACUUCUCGAUGACAAACAAACCAAGGCGUACCUUGACUUCCAGAUCAAGACCGGUGGAUCCACUUUCUUCAAGGACUUUGGAGUGUCGAUGGUGAAAAUGGGUCGAAUUGGCGUGCUCACCAAAACGGCUGGUGAAGUUAGAAAAGUGUGUACAAAGGUUAAUUAAAUGAGGAUCGAUGAGGAAGGCCCAAAAUUGAGCAUGGACGAAUGGAAAUAAUGGAUUGUUUUGGAAAGGGCCCAUAUCAAUUAUUAUGAUUUUACAUAUAGAUAAUUCCUCAAUAUUUUGUUCA